CUGGUACGAGUGAAGCCCGUCUCUUCAGUUUAGCGAGUUUUACUCAUCAGCGCCCUGUAAACAGACAGACCGUCUAGGCGGAGGUUUGAAUAAGAGCAUAGCGAUCAUGAAUCGAUGCCUGUGUAAUUUCUAUAACUAACCCGCUGAAAAUCUCCUGCUCCCUAACAAAUAAUCUUGUCCAGCGUCCGGGAACGAGUCUGCCCGCAAACACGGGACGAACGUGAAAAGUGACCGCUUGUGAGCUCAGCAAAGCCGGCAGUGCCCCAGAAAUGCAGUGGGAAAGCCUGCUCCAUUCAUUGGACAGAAAGACAAACGCAGCUAGUUCUCAGUAUUAUUUUUAAGUUUGUUGCUUCGGUAAAACAAAACGAAACCCUAAAAUGAUCAAAAUGAACAAAAACUGAAGUGCCAACUUUGGUCAGCAAGUCUGCACACGCAUUUACAUGUAUGUUUUAAUGUCUUGUAAAUAGUAUGUAAGGUUGCAAACUCAAUCGUUAAUUUUAGGUUUAUAACGGAAUAAUAUAAAUAUACCGUAAGAUGCCUUGCUUGAGCCUGAGAAUCUGAAAGCGUGUUGGCAAACCUGCUAAAAAGCACGAAAAUUUACAAAAGCGUCUAAAUUCCAAAAGCGCUGUAAUUAAAAUGUAUUUGACAGUGAUUACGUCGAUCUUGUUUAAUAUUCUCCUGACCCCCAGUGGGUUAACGUUUCGAUACAUUAUUUAUACUCGAACAGACACCGUAAACAAGCCGAACUACGAUAAGAGAAACUCAAACGCUGCCUUUCGCACGCAAACUGCUGUGUGGCGCCCUCAGUUUUAUUCAUGGUGGUGUUAUUAUAGGACGCAGUCGACUGCUGGGAAAGGGGAGGGCGGCGAGCCGCGGAUUUGACUAGCGGAUUUGUUUCGAUGUUUCUCAGUUUCUCUUCCACAUCUCGAUUUUAUUCACUUUAUCCGAAAAACAGCAGUCUGAGUCUACCCGCACUGAUCGGGUACAGCGUACGGUCAUGUGGCUCCGUGAUCGGACGAAGCACGCAGAGGGGAGAGAUGCAGGACUUUAAUAAAGUGGUACCAUGCCUUACUAGCGGCGUAAACCACUGAGUCUUAAGGGAGGCGACUGAAACAGUGAAGAGAGGGGGUGGGGAGAGGGGGGGGGGACAAAAAGUAUGCUGCCGCGACAAGCAUGUGCUGAACGGAACCGAAACGGUAGCGGGAUGAAGGCGAUGAUGAAGAAGAGGGGAGCCCGGCUUGCCCUUCGCCUCGGAUGCUGCGCAGUGGCACUCCUCGCUUUCGUCGGCUUCAGCCAACUUCUGCAAAGGACACAUUCUGGGAGCUCCAGAUGGACCACACGCAGGCUGCUGCAGGAGGCCGAGGAAAACUGUACCCACCGGCCCCGGGAUGUGGAGUUUCCGGACGACAUCUUCACCACCGAGGAGCGCCGCCGAGGUGGCAUGUUGCUGCACGUCUUCUGUGCCGUCUACAUGUUCUACGCACUUGCCAUCAUCUGUGACGAAUACUUCGUCCCUUCUCUCGAAAAGAUAUCCGAGAACCUGCAGCUAAGUCAGGAUGUGGCAGGGGCUACCUUCAUGGCAGCUGGAAGCUCCGCCCCUGAACUCUUUACAUCUCUGAUUGGUGUGUUCAUCACCAAAGGGGACGUGGGAGUUGGUACAAUCGUCGGCUCGGCCGUCUUCAACAUCCUGGUCAUCAUCGGGAUCUGCGGCGUCUUCACGUACCGGACCAUCUCCCUGACUUGGUGGCCCUUAUUCCGGGACUCCCUGUUCUACUUAUUCUCAGUGGUAGCCCUCAUCCUGGUGGUCUACGACGGGAGGGUGGUCUGGUGGGAAUCUGUGCUGCUGGUCACCAUGUACGGCCUCUACAUCCUCAUCAUGAAGUUCAACAGCAGGAUCUUUGGGAUCGCGGAGCAGCACUGCGGGAGGCCUGGCUCGUCCUGCGGGGGGAGCGACCUGCAGGAUGAUGGCGUGGCAGCCAACAGGGGGGCGAACGGCGACUUCUCCUCCAUCCUGCUGAGGAAAGCAGGGGGCGUGUCAGCGGCCGAGCCCCCUGUGGUGAUGGUGGACGAGCUCUUUAGGGCACACCCCCGGCAGAUCUCCUUCUCCGAGGCCAGCAUGCGUGUGAUGAUCACAGGCCACUUCUGCCCCCGCACCCGUCUGGUCAUGGCCAGCCGCCUACUCAUCAAUGAGAGGCAGCAGCUGUCCCAGAACUCUGCGGCCGGCAAUGGGGGGGUCGUCGCAGCCAAGGGUGUAAGCCAGGAGGGUGGAGGCAGCCACCUCCCAGAGGCCACAAGGCAGUCUCCAGAAGAGGCUGGGGAUGUGGAGAGGGCACAGAGCAGAUCGAAGGAGGAGUUGGUUGCCGAGGGCAAUGGAGGGCCCGUGGAGGCAGAGGAAGAUGAUGAAGAAGAGGAACUGUUCAGCCCCUUUAGGAUUCCCAGAGGGCGCUGUGAUCGCAUAAAGUGGCUGGUGUCCUGGCCCCUCAGGCUGCUGCUCUACUGCACUGUGCCCAACUGCGUGCUCCCGCGAUGGCGCCGCUGGUUCAUGGUCACCUUCGUGAUUUCCACGCUGUGGAUCGCAGUCUUCUCCUACCUCAUGGUGUGGAUGGUCACCAUCAUCAGCCUCACACUCGACAUCCCCGACUUCAUUAUGGGCAUCACCUUCCUGGCCGCUGGCACCAGCGUGCCCGACUGCAUGGCCAGCCUCAUAGUCGCCCGCCAAGGCUUGGGGGACAUGGCAGUGUCCAACUCCAUAGGCAGCAACAUCUUCGACAUUCUCCUGGGGCUGGGUUUUCCCUGGGUAUUGCGCACCCUGGUGGUAGACUAUGGAUCAGCAGUUUCCAUCAAGAACAAGGGACUGAUAUACUCCGUCAUCCUGCUCCUGGCAUCUGUCUUUCUUACGGUGUCAAGUGUCCAUCUGAACCACUGGAAGCUGGACCGUCGCCUGGGCUUUGGCUUGCUCUUCCUCUACGCCAUCUUCAUCCUUUGCUCCAUCAUCCUGAAUGUACAGUUGUGACGUUGUGAUCCGGACGGCGUCAAGGGACGGAGCCCCGUUUCCAACAUAUAAGGGGUGUCUGUGCCAGUGCGGACGGAUCAGCACAGACACGGCGGACCCAUCAGCACAGACGCGGCGCUGGAGCACCAACCAAAAGACGCUCCAGCGAGUCAGCGGGCCGUUCUGGCUGCUGGGGCUGAACGUGGGGCCGGUUCUGCUCCUUCGACCCCAUUGAGAUUUUUUCAGUCUGACAUCACAUUUGUGGCAGAGAUCCUUAAUAAGAGGAAAUGAAGAAAUUUAAAGGUUUCAGACACUUACCUCAACUCAACAAUGGCUGACAGAGCUUUAGGUCAGACUGCUUACGAACAUGGGCGUCGGUGGGUCCAAUUUUAUCCCCAAUGCCAACAAAAAAACGUCAUACCCCAGGUAAACUUGACUUAGCCCCUGAUCUGUUCAAUAGAAACUCCCCUGCUGAUGAAUAUUACCAGAGGUGGAUAGCUCAAGUCCAGUAAGUAAAAAUCCAGAGCAAGAUUUUGUUUCAGCCAACCAGCUGAGCACUCUGUGACUGCGAGUCUUUGUACUCAAGUGGUCGGUUGAAACAAAAUCUUGGUCUGGAUUUUUACUUCCUGGACCUGAACUAUUCACUUCUGAAUAUUACAGUAUACAAAGUAUUACAAACUAAACACGCGAAACCCUUCCACCCAUUAUAAUCGCGUUUCAUUUUUAUACCUUUGAUAUUUGAUAGAUUUCUCUAUAUUUAGAGUGUUGGCACUUUCCAUAUAUUUAUGAGGUUCAUAUUUCUGUUCACUGUGUUUUGGUAUAAAAAGUGUAAAUCAAAUGCCACUAUAUAUUUAUUUGUAUGUGUCAUGUGUUUUAACGACUGUUAUGUAAAACAUAUUGUGGGAAAGAGCCAAGAUGUUUGUCCUUUUUAAAUAUAUUGUUUUCUUUUUUCGCUGUCUGUGCAGAAUUUCCAUAAAUAUAAUUCUGUCACAUUAAUACUUGAGCAUCGUGAAAUAAAUUAGUCCAGCCCCUCCAGUGAGGCGGAACACAGGUGUUACAUGAGGAUUAAGUGGGACACCGAUGUGGUGAAAACACUUUUUAAGUGGAAAGUGUUUUUUUUUUUUCUUUCUAGUUAUUGGCCACUACAGCUAAUGAGAGUAUUGAAUUCUGUGGGCAGAAGGAAUUGGUUGCAGGGAUGGGUGCAGAGAGAGAACCAAUCAAAUUGUAGAAUUUACUUGAGUUCUUUGAGGAAGCUACAAGAGAAAUUGAUCACAAAAAGGCCUGCGAUGUGAUCUUCUUCGAUUUCUAGGAGGCCUUUGAUGUCGUCCCCCACAAACAGCUCUUGCUUAAGCUCAAAGCUGCUGGGAUUUUAGUAACUGUAGCAGCUUUGGAUCGAAAACUGGUUAACAGACAGGAAGCAGCUAGUAGUUAUUAGGGGCACAAUGUCACAGUGGGCCUGCAUUCAUAGUGGUGUACUGCAGGGUUCAAUUUUAGGACCACUACUGUUCCUAAUUUACAUUAAUGAUAUUGACACCAAUAUGUACAGUAAACUGGUUAAAUUUGCAGACGACACCAAGGUGGGUGAUGUAGCAGAUACUGAUCUAGCAGCACAGAGGCUACAAUGGGAUCUGGAUUUAAUUAGCGACUGGGCUGAUACCUGACAGAUGAAAUUUAACAUAGAUAAAUGUAAGGUAAUCCAUGCGGGGAGCAGAAAUAUAAAGUACAGAUAUUCUAUGGAUUCCGCGGAAAUAAAGGUAGCUGAUUAUGAGAAAGACCUCGGUGUGUAUGUUGAUGCUUCCAUGUCGCACUCUCUUCAGUUUGGGGAAGCAAUUAGAAAGGCCAAUAGGAUGUUGGGUUACAUCUGUAGGCGUGUGGAGUUUAAGUCAAGGGAGGUGAUGCUACGAUUAUAUUCCUUGGUAAGACCCCACCUAGAAUAUUGUGUGCAGGUUUGGUCACCAUACCUUAAGAAGGACAUUGCUGCCUUGGAAAGGGGGCAACAUGGGGUGACGAGAAUGAUUCCUGGUCUUAGAGGAAUGUCUUAUGUGUCAGAGUGUCCUCACUGACAUGGAUUAUCUGGUCACCCUGUGUAUAUGCAGAAAGCUGCCCUUCAUGCAGACAAAGUGGCUUUUAUGGUUUGAGUUGUUGUUUUGUGCUAAACACAUAAAACAUAAGAACAUUACUUGCCCUGAAUUUCUUCUGUAAAUAGCUGACUUUAUGAUAUUAAGUGUAAAAUAUAUGUCAGAUGCGUGAAGAAUCAGUCAGCGAAGGGCCCCUGUCAAGUGGAUUUGAUUUUUUUCUUUGACAUUUUCUGUUCCUGUACUUGUUUACCAAAUGUUGAAAGACUGCAGAAAAGAGAAAAGCUGAUUCUUAAUAAGUCACAUUGGGUUUUUCUAGCUGUCAUAUGACUAUAGUCAUGUGAUAAGUCAUAUGACACGCAGAAAUAAAGCAUAUUCAUAGUUAAUUGAUGUUGGGGUUUUUUCUGUCAUAUGACUAUAGUCAUGUGACAAUAGUCAUAUGACCAUAGUCAUGUGACAAUAGUCAUAUGACUAGUCAUAUGACAAACAGAAAAAAGCAUAUUCUUAGUUGAUUGAUGCUGGGUUUUUCUUUCUGUCAUGUGACAAUAGUCAUAUGACACACAAAAAAGCAUAUUAGUUAAUUGAUGUUGGGGUUUUUUUCUGUCAUAUGACUAUAGUCAUGUGACAAUAGUCACAUGAAAAAAAAACAAUAGUCACAUGACUAAUAGUCACAUAGACUAUAGUCAUAUGACAGACAGAAAAAAGCAUAUUCUUAGUUAAUUGAUGUUGGGUUUUUCUUUGUCAUAUGACUAUUGUCACAUGACUUUUGUGUCCAUGUUAAUUGGUGUUUAGUACGACGUUUGCAGAUGUUCGUUCAAAUUUUGAGUGCAAUAAAGCAGAGUGCGUGAAACUGC